AUGGAUCCGUCGGAGCCUCCUAGCUUGAGGCGUCGAGCGAAUAGAGACGAGGAUCCUCUGGGACUGAGAACUCCUUCAGACGCUGUCGAUGGAAGGAUCACCGCACCCAUCACCUACGUUUGCAGAUUCUGCGAACGUAUAUUCAGCGGUUUGGAAGACGUUUCGGAGCACAUGGAAGCCCACGACAGGAGGAAGAGCUUUGAGAUGGUCCGAGCGAAGGUCCACGGCCGACAACGAGGACACUCAUGCCAUAUUUGCGACUUGAGUUUAGCAUCGAUGAGGGGCGUCCGGAAGCACAUGGCUGUCCACAGGAUCAAGGAUGUGCAGAGCGCCAAGUCCGAGGGGAAGCCCCGUGACUACGUUGAGAACGGCACUUAA